UUCCUUGAUCGUCCGGCUGUUGUCGUUGAGUGGCUGCCCACAUGUUCCUAGCGCCCGAAGCCAUGAUCGGCAAGACUGUCCAUCUUAUCCCCACACGGGAUGUGGGUGGUCGACCUCGCACGUUCUCAACACCAUUGGAUAUAAUAGAGUCAGUCAGUGGUCUGUCCAUUCAUUGCAAUCAUCCAUCAUUUCAACACUGCCUUCUCAGUUAUUCUUUAUUUCACUACGCUUAAAAAUGGCACCUCACGCAGAAGAACCGCUUCCAGACACUGGCGUCGACCUUAUUCAGCAUGAUGGCAAGGAGUACGGCGAUUGGCGCGAUCAAUUCCACAAAGAAGGCUGCGCCAUCGUGAAAGGCGUCAUCACUCCAGAGCGUGCUGAAUACUACAAGCGCAAACAGAUCGAAUGGCUGCAGUCCUUCAACCUCGGCUUUGACCCCAACGACGAGUCAACAUGGACAGCUGAUCACCUCCCAGUCAGUUUCAAGGGUGGCAUGUACUUCUCCUAUGCGUCUACACACGAGAAGUUCGUUUGGGAAGCCCGCACAGAGCCCAAGGUCAUCGAUGCAUUCUCAAAGCUCUGGGGCACGGAAGAGCUGAUCGUGAGCUUCGAUGGUAUGAACAUCACCCUGCCGCGGCAGAAAGACUUGUCUUGGAGUCCAUGGCCACACACAGAUCAGAGCCCGCACCGCAAGGGUAUGCAGUGUGUGCAGGGACUGCUGAACUACCAACCGAACGGGGAGAACGAUGGCGGCCUCAUCCUAAUGAAGGGCAGCUCCAAGCUGUUUGAUGAGUUCUUCAGGGAGACGCGAGAGCAGGACAACCAUGUCGACAAGCCGCCGGAGGAAGAAGACUUCAGGGACCUGUUCAUCUUCAAGGAGUCAGACGUCAAGUGGUUCCAAGACCACGGAUGCAAGUUGGAAAAGAUCAACCUCGAGCCUGGUGAUCUGGUACUGUGGGAUUCCCGAACCAUGCACUACGCAUGUUUCCCGCAGGGCGAGCGCAUCCGCCAUGUGCAGUACGUGUGCAUGACGCCUCGUAAGUUCGCGAAGCAGGAAGACCUGGAUCUGAAGGCGGAACUGUUCAACACAUGGCAGGGAACGACGCACUGGCCGCACUGCAAUAUUCGCAAACAGGGUCCGCCGCUGAGAGAUGGAAAGGUGGACCCGCUGGAUAGGUCUGAGCCGCUUGAGAAGCCGGAGAUUACGGAUCGCUUGCUGCAAUUGGCGGCGGUGAAAGCGUACUAA